CUGGGCGCGCUAGUUAGGGCUCAGGCGGGCACGCUGAGUGUCUGCCACUCCAUCCUCAAUGCUGUGAUUUUUAUCUCCAGCCUAGAGUCAACGACAAUUGCUCCGCCCGCGUUCAUCCCUCUCUCCUCCCAGACUCCCAACAUGGCUGAGCAGCUCGUCCUUCGCGGUACCCUUGAGGGUCACAAUGGCUGGGUUACCUGCCUGGCUACCUCUCUGGAGAACCCCAACAUGCUGCUCUCUGGCAGUCGCGACAAGACCCUGAUCAUCUGGAACCUGACCCGCGACGAGCAGGCCUACGGUUACCCCAAGCGCAGCCUUGAGGGUCACUCUCACAUCGUCUCUGACUGUGUGAUCUCCUCCGACGGUGCCUACGCUCUGUCCUCCUCCUGGGACAAGUCCCUCCGCCUGUGGGAGCUCUCCACUGGUGAGACCACCCGGACCUUCGUCGGCCACACCAACGACGUCCUCUCCGUUUCUUUCUCCGCCGACAACCGCCAGAUUGUCUCCGCUUCCCGUGACCGCUCCAUCAAGCUCUGGAACACCCUUGGUGACUGCAAGUUCACCAUCACCGACAAGGGCCACACCGAGUGGGUUUCCUGCGUUCGCUUCAGCCCCAACCCCCAGAACCCCGUCAUCGUCUCCGCUGGUUGGGACAAGCUCGUCAAGGUUUGGGAGCUUGCUUCCUGCCGUCUCCAGACCGACCACAUCGGUCACACCGGCUACAUCAACGCCGUCACCAUCUCCCCCGAUGGAUCCCUCUGCGCCUCCGGUGGCAAGGACGGCACCACCAUGCUCUGGGACCUUAACGAGUCCAAGCACCUCUACUCCCUCCACGCCGGUGACGAGAUCCACGCCCUCGUCUUCUCCCCCAACCGUUACUGGCUCUGCGCUGCCACCUCCAGCAGCAUCACCAUCUUCGACCUCGAGAAGAAGAGCAAGGUUGACGAGCUCAAGCCCGAGUACAUCGAGAAGGGCAAGAAGAGCCGCGAGCCCGAGUGUGUCAGCUUGGCCUGGAGCGCUGACGGCCAGACUCUGUUCGCUGGUUACACCGACAACAAGAUCCGCGCUUGGGGUGUCAUGUCGAGGGCAUAGAUUGAUACCCAUCAAGUAAUCACGGGACGGUGUUGAGUUUUAGCGGAGGAGAGAAAUCAAAUAACAAAGAUAUCUGUUUUUUAUUUUUUCCUUUUCCAAACAACAAAAAGGGCAGGCAUUGGUUGGGAUGUAUGAGCCAUGAGCAAUGAAAGCACCUCGGAGGGAGGGGCAUAUCUCCCCAUUCCUCCCGGGUUUUCACCUUGAACAUGUCUAGCUUACUCGAGAUUUCGUUUCAUAAAAUCCGAAUUGUCUGGAAUCUUGUGAAAGGGAUGACAUGCAAAAUGUUCUAAUACCAUUUUAAAAGACUGUUAAAAAGUUACCCUAUCACCGUCGGAGACAUCGUAGACAUACCGUACUACUACUAUCUUUGGUAGCUCCGAUGCAGGGGGGGGGGAUCAUAGUAUUAGUAUCUAUCAACUACUGGAUAGUACUAUGGAAACAGUCUGUGGGGUCAACGUAUCGUUCUGGAUUAUUCGAUCCAUCGGUCGAUGGAAGUUAAUCCAUAGUACCUUAUAUCCCCGUAGAUGGAUGCUUCCGUUUGAGGCUCUUCUCGGGUCCGUCCCUGAGAUUGAUCUACAUCACUAAGAUCUUGUACCUUGCAUCCCGUCAGGAUAUGGUGUUGAUUCUGUUAGUAUGACCGUCGCC